CGGUGGGUUAAUUGUUUAUUGUUUGUUUUCAAAAUGCUGCAAUCAAAUCGUGUCCUGCAAAAAGAACAGGCUGAGCUGUUUUCCAUUCAAAAGAAACUGGAGCGAGUCCUGCCCGUCAUCCAGGAGGCCUUAAAUUCACUAAAGGUGGAGGAACUGCAUCUCAAGUCGCAGGUGGUGGGCCUGCAGAAGACCACUACGGGAUGCACUCCACCCAUAGAUCCCCUCCUUAUAGAGCAGCCCCAGGCCACGAACUCAUCUGCCCUGGACACUCAAGAGAUUAAUAGCCAGCAAAUAGAUCUAGAACUGUUUAGCCAACUGAGGCAAUUUGACGAGGAAAUCGAUUCGGACUAAAACUUUUAUUGGGGACACAUCAU